AUGUUCGCAUUACGCUUUUGUGUGUUUUUAAUAGUUUUACCUUUUUUUGCGUUAGCAGAAUUUUACUCGUCCAAGGGUCAGGAUGAAUGGGAGAGAAUCGUUGGAGGGACCAAGGCUGCUAACGGUAGUGUCCCCUACCAGGUUUCUCUAAGGUGGUUUGGAGUUUGGCACUUCUGUGGGGCUUCCCUGGUGACCCCACGGGUAAUACUGACGGCUGCUCACUGCGUCCAGAGAGCGCGACCAAUAUAUUUCAUGGCUGUAGUUGGCACAAAUAUGUUGCGAGCGGGCGGUAAAGCAUAUAGUAUUAGGAAAAUUGUCUACCAUGAGGACUAUGACGACGAUGUGAUCAAGAACGAUAUAGCUAUACUGUUUACUGAUAAGGAAAUAGAGUUCAGCAGUACCGUUGAUGCUAUAGAGCUGAAUGACGAACCGGUGGAGAAGGGAGAAGACUUGAAACUGACCGGUUGGGGUACUACCUCUUAUCCUGGACGUCUUCCCAACGACCUCAUGCAACUGGAGCUGAAAGCGAUCACCUACGAAGAGUGCAAGGAGGCACACAAGAAUAUCAAUGAAGUAUUCGAGUCACAGAUUUGCGCGUUGACCAAAGCUGGAGAAGGAGCGUGCCAUGGCGACUCCGGAGGACCUUUGGUUCGCGAAGGUAGACAAGUGGGAGUUGUAUCUUGGGGUAUACCAUGUGCUAGAGGAAAACCUGAUGUUUAUACUAAGGUGGAAUCAUUCAUGCGCUGGAUUGAAAAGACUCUAUACGAAGAUGACGAAGAUCACCUGAAAUAUCUAAAUAAAAGAAGAACAAACAGACAUUAG